AUGAUCGAAAAGGUGCUAGUUGUGGUCAUUCUGGUGACAAGCGGAGCCCGCGCACAGACUGGUACGUUUUUUUGCAUUUUCUUACUCUAGAAGAGGCGCAUUACUGUAGAACCAACCCCUCAAAAAUUGCUCUUUGCUAGAAUUUGCUAGAAAAUGUGAAAAUGCUCGAGAGAGAAAACGAGAAAAGUCACAUUCGCAGUAAAGUGGCGCGGAAGGAACACGAGACGCGCAUCAAUCAUUCGCACAUUUCUCGUCACUUUUUGCAUGAGAAACGCGUUUGAAACGGAUCGAGCAUUGUUUGGAAAACCAUUUGGCGGAGAACCGUUUUGCACACUUUGACGUCGAUUUCGAGCCACUUUUCAGCCAAAAUCAGGGCCUUUGAACCACUUGCAAUGAUCCGAUCGGGCCCUAACCUUGCAGGAUUGUCGGACAUGGGUUGAGGGCCAUUGGGACCGAGUUUCAGCCCGAUUGGAUCGUCGGCUCCCGAGAUAUGUGGAUCAUCCGGUCAAUUUCGGCCAUUGAUCCACACAUCUCGGGACCAGAUGAUCCGAUCGGGCUGAAACUUGGUCCCAAUGGCCCUCAAUCCAAGUGCAACAAUCCUUUUAGCCCGGCGCUUGCCAAAAUACUUUAAUCGUUCAGGAUCAUGUCGAGCGGACGGAUACGAGAUGACUUGUCGCGGAAAAGAGUCACUUCACGGCUUGAAAUCGGUAGAAAACCCUGAUUUUUUGAGCAAUUUUCCAUUGAAAAAGUGAUAUUGUAGAGUCGAGAUUAUUCGGAAAUCGAUACGCUCAACGUUCACGAGGACACGAUCGAUUUGACCGACGAUUUGAUUCCGCGGGGUGAGUGUCGUUACGCAAAAUCUUUUCGUUAGUAUUAUUAUUGGGGCACCGGACAGAAAUGGCGCGCUGUUCGCAAUCUGGCCGAAUUUUUAGGCCGCGACGUAAUUUUGCACUGAAAACGUGGCCUAACUUUUCAAACUCGGCCCCGAGGUCGCUCAAUUUGCACUACAAAAAGAGUUUCUCAACAGAGCGCCUUUGCAGACAUAAACUUCUCGCGUCUGACUUUGCUCAACGCGACCGACAAUCAAAUCACUCGGAUCGGACGUCGUGGAUUCGAUAAAAUCCGAAACGUCCAAUUUUUGUAUCUAUCCAAAAACCGGAUUUCACACGCCCAAGUGGACCCGUUUCAGGCCCUUUCAAAGUUGGUUUUUUUUACGUUAAAAUCAAAGACUCUGCAAUAUUUUAAGGCAAACUUUUUUGAAACGAUUUUCAGACUGGAAGUGCUCGAAAUGGACGACGCGUUGGAUGGAACGGCGGCGCAAAAAGGCGAUCUUCUUCGCGUGCUUUUCCAAUCGAAAAACAGUUUUGUGCAUUUGUCAAAGAUUGAGCUCAACAAGAAUGCGCUCGAGGAAGUGCAUCCGAAGACGUUCUGCGCGGUACGCUUGUGUGCUUUCUCGCCGAAACUGCCCCCAUCAAAACACAAAAAAAACGGUUUUUCAACUGAAAAUGAUGUUUUUCCGAGUUUUUCGGAUUAUGCACAGUUUUCCCUCAAAACUUUUGCCUCACGUUUGUUCAUAUGACCGAUAGCUACAAAAUGAUCACAGAGUGCUCGUGUAAAAGUGAAAAUUCGAAGAGUAAUUUUGUUUUUUAAAUUUGGCUUGAAAAAACGAAACUUUCGAUAGUUUUGAGAAAACAGGCGACAGAAUCGAAAAACAGUUGCCUCACGAUUGUUCAGCAGACGCGGGCGGUCAUUUUGAGCACAGAGACGGCGCAUAAAAUGCAAAAAUGACUGAGAAAUUGAAAUUUACAGAAAAAUGAAAAAAUGCGCUCUUUUUUGUGGACAGAGCGCUAAUUUAAGGUCACAGCUGUCAUUAAAAAUUCCGAAAUUUUCUGUUUUACUUCAUUUUCAACAUUUUCGGAUGAAAUUUCGGGUUUUCGGAGAAAAAAUCCCGGAAAUUUCAGGCCUGCUUUUGUUUUCAACGACACUCCGUUUUAACGCGGCGCUCAAUUUAGCAUUAGCUAUUGAGGAGGCAGUGAUCAAAACAGAGAAAACACGCGGAGAACAACGCAAAAAUGCACAGCACACCGAAUUCGACGACACUUCACACAAAUGUUUGCAGGUGCAAGGUCUGAAACGUCUCGAAUUGAACAACAAUCGUUUGUCGAGUUUCAAAUUCGCCCGCAACUGUUUCAAAGAGCUCAAAGGACUGUUUUUGGCCGGAAAUCUCAUUGAACGGGUAGCAAACAUUUGAGAAACUUCAAUCAAAAAACCCUUUUUUGUUUGCAGAUUCCCUCGGAUCUCUGGGACUUUCUACCGGUCAUUUCCACGUUGGAUCUCUCGAAUAACCCGCUUUUUUGUGACUGCAAAACGUUGGACCUCUUCCAGCAAGACGACGUCACUUUCAUCAAUCAGGUGGGUUACGGUAGACGCUGGAUCUGACGACAAAAUGCACAAUUUUAUGCAGGCGCAGACAAAGUGCGCCUCUCCGCCGCAGCUCGACGGAAAAUCCGUGUUCGAGGUGAAAAAGGAUUACUGUAGCGGCACGACGUCACGUGGCCGAACCACUUUUUGGCAGUUUACGAUCCUUUUCGUGAUCGCCGUCGGAAGUAAGCGCUUUAACGCGACGCAAACACCGAACGACAGUAAUCUUUGCAGUUCUGUACGUGUACAAACGAUACCGAGAACGGACGGGCCGCAUGAGUUCGGCGCCAGUCGGAUAUCACAAUCUGGAACACGAGCAGGCCGUCGAACCCGAAUUUGUUUGA